GGGGAAGAUGGCUCGCCGGGACCCGCUCUGCUAGAAAGAAGGGGGGCAGGUGGUGCUGCCACUCGGGAGAAAGCGGAGCAGCCGCCGUCGCCGUCGCUGCGGGCGGUACGAGUGGAGGUUCUGCAGCAGGCGCUCCGGGAGCUGCCCUGGUUGAAGGUCUAGAGCAGAUGUGGAAAGAUGUUCACUUCAGAGAAAGGUGUUGUGGAGGAAUGGCUGUCAGAGUUUAAGACACUACCAGAAGCAUCUUUACCAAAUUAUGCCACAAAUUUGAAAGACAAGAGUUCUUUAGUUUCAUCUCUCUAUAAAGUUAUCCAGGAACCACAAAGUGAGUUGCUAGAACCUGUCUGUCACCAGCUCUUUGAGUUCUAUCGCAGUGGGGAGGAACAGUUGCUUCGGUUCACCCUGCAGUUUCUCCCAGAACUGAUUUGGUGCUACCUCGCAGUUUCAGCCAGCAGAAACGUGCACAGCAGCGGAUGCAUCGAAGCUCUUCUCUUAGGGGUUUACAAUUUGGAAAUAGUUGACAAACAGGGACAUAGCAAAGUAUUGAGUUUUACGAUUCCAUCUUUAUCCAAACCAUCUGUGUAUCAUGAACCUUCCAGCAUUGGGUCCAUGGCCCUGACUGAAAGUGCACUCUCCCAGCACGGUUUGUCCAAAGUUGUGUACAGUGGACCUCAUCCUCAAAGGGAGAUGCUGACAGCACAGAAUAGGUUUGAAGUGUUGACAUUCCUUUUGUUGUGUUAUAAUGCUGCCUUAACCUAUAUGCCCGGUGUUUCUCUUCAAUCACUGUGUCAAAUUUGCUCAAGAAUCUGUGUUUGUGGAUAUCCUCGACAACAUGUAAGAAAAUACAAAGGUGUCAGUAGCAGGAUACCAGUUUCUUCAGGAUUCAUGGUGCAAAUGUUAACAGGGAUUUAUUUUGCCUUAUAUAAUGGAGAAUGGGAGCUAGCUCAAAAAGCACUGGAUGAUAUUAUAUACCGGGCCCAGCUAGAGUUAUAUCCAGAGCCAUUGCUGGUUGCCAAUGCAAUAAAGGCUUCAUUGCCUCAUGGUGCCAUGAAAUCUAGUAAGGAAGGUACACGGUGUAUUCAAGUUGAAAUCACCCCAACUGCCUCUAGGAUAUCAAGAAAUGCAGUAACCAGCAUGUCAAUAAGAGGUCACAGGUGGAAAAGACACGGAGAUACAGAACUAAUGGGUCAAGAAGAACUGAUGGAGAUAUCGGAAGUUGACGAGGGGUUUUAUUCGAGGGCUGCGUCUGGUACCAGCCAGUCAGGUUUAUCCAACAGUAGUCACAAUUGUGGUAACAAGACAAGUGUAGGGAAGAACCCGAGACGGUCGGGAGGAAGCAAACCUGGAGGAAGAGAAAAAGAAAUGACAGGGGAAACUUGCAAAGAUCAUUUUGCUCGAAAACAAACUCAGAGAGCCCAGAGUGAGAAUCUUGAGCUUCUGUCUCUGAAGAGACUGACUUUAACCACCAGCCAAUCCCUGCCGAAGCCCAGCAGCCAUGGCUUGGCUAAAACAGCCACGACGGUGUUUAGCAAAUCGUUUGAACAAGUCAGUGGUGUCACCGUGCCCCCAAACCCACCACCUGCUGUUGCUUGUGGGCCUGGGACCGACGCCAACAGGUUUUCAGCUUGUAGUUUGCAAGAAGAAAAGCUGGUUUACGUUUCAGAAAGAACCGAACUUCCAACAAAGCAUCAGUCGGGUCCACAGAGACCGCCUAGUAUUAGCAUUACCCUGUCCACAGAUUAGUCUGUCAUGUGUUUCUCUCCCGUGGCCAGUCACUCUGGCCAUGCGACGUGGCUUCUUGACAAAAGCACCCUGCGUCUUUGAUGCCUGCCCCUGACACGAGUUCUGAUGUCGUAGAUUCUGAAGGCUCCCAUGACUUUAUGAAGGGAAUAUUAUCUAGACGGCAGUACGUGGAAAUACGGUUUUGUGAUUUCUUGGUUAUAUUGUGUUUUGUUUUUCCCCUUUGGUUUGAGUCUUUUAAAAUUUCUUUUCUCGUGACUGUUUCCCCCAGGAGUGUCAGUGUGACAAUAAAUUGUAGCAAGUUAGCUAAAACACUG